AUGACGAGUGUCGACGAGCUCUUCAAGAAACCGUCCACGGCAGGAAGUUCCAAGCGCAAGUUCGAGCCCGUCCAAGACCCCAAUGAGCUAUACAAAGCGGCCAAGCUGGGCUCCAAUGGCGACGUGAGGUCGAAAGGCAAGGAAGCUAUGGUAGAGGACGAGAUGGAGGAUGAUGAGGAAGCUGGUCCCGAGCUGCCGCCCGACUUUGACGAAGAGGAUAUACCAGAUGACGAGGAAGGGCGCUUCUUCGGCGGAGGCAUGGAACAGAAGACUGCCGAUGCUAUGCAAUACAUCGACCAACAUGAAGAGGAAGAGACCGUGCCCGAGAAGUUCGACGCCGCUUGGGUGCGCCGGUUUGCGCUUAACUUCGAGAGAAAGAUUUCUAAGAACGCGGAGCUUCGUGGAAAGUUUGAGGGCGAUCCGCAGAAGUUCAUGGCAUCCGAGGCCGACUUGGACUCCGAGAUCAAAGGACUAUCGAUUCUGUCGGAACACCCCGAGCUUUAUGAGGAGUUCGCGAAGAUGGGAUGCGUGGGCUCGUUGAUAUCGCUAUUAUCGCACGAGAAUGCGGAUAUUGCGAUUGACACCAUCCAAAUCAUCAGUGAGCUGACUGACGAAGAUGUGGAAGCUGAGCAGGAGCAAUGGGAUAGCUUAGUCAAUGCUAUGAUGGAUGCCGAUCUCAUUGAACUCUUGUCACAGAAUCUCGGUCGUCUGGACGAGAGUUCAGAGACCGAUCGUGCCGGUGUUUAUUAUGUGCUAAAUGUCCUGGAAAACCUGUCCUCUCAAACCCCGCUCGCGGAGAAGAUUGGGCAAGACGCUACGGUCCUACCUUGGAUCUUAUCCCGCAUUCAAAAAAAAGAAUCACCCGUAGGCCAGAACAAGCAGUACGCCGCCGAGAUCCUGGCAAUACUCCUGCAAUCCUCCUCCAAGAACCGGGAGAAGUUCACCGGUCUUGAGGGUAUCGAUAUCAUUCUCCAGCUCCUCAGUGCAUACCGGAAACGCGAUCCUGAGAAGGACUCAGACGAGGAGGAGUAUGUGGAGAACCUUUUCGCCUCCUUGGUGUGCCUCGUCGACGAAGACUUAGGGAAACAAAAGUUUAUUGAAGCAGAGGGCAUAGAACUGGGUCAAAUCAUGCUCAAAGAAGGCAAAUUCAGCAAGCCACGUGCUCUCCGCGUUCUCGAUCACGCAUUCGGUGGAGCCGGAGGUGCCCCGGCUUGUGAGAGAUUGAUCGAAGCCGCAGGCUUGAGAACGGUUUUCGGAAUGUUCAUGAAAAAGCAAGAGUCUCAGAAUAUCGAACAUCUCUUGGGCAUCUUUGCCUCGCUUCUUCGACUUCUGCCUGGUGGUUCUGCUGCUCGGAUUCGAAUGCUGGCCAAGUUCAUGGAGAAGGACUAUGAGAAGAUUGAGAAGCUUAUCAAGUUGCGACGGGAAUAUGCUGCUCGCGUAUCGCCUGUUGAGCAGGCUAUUGCGAAGGAGGGCAAGGGCUUUUCGGCGGAGGACCAGGAACUCAUGGCUGGUGAAUGGUUGUCGCGGCGAUUUGACGCUGGUCUUUUCUCAUUGCAGACGAUCGAUGUCAUCCUUGCAUGGCUUAUUGCCGAGGACGAUGGUGCUAAGAAAAAGGUUGUCUCGCUUCUGGCGGAUCGGGAUGAGGAUCUGUCUUUGGUGAAGAGUACCUUGCAAGAACAACUCGACGGACUCGAAGGGGAAGAACAAGGCCAGAAGGAUUUCAAGGACAUGCUAAGCACCUUGUUGCAGUUCUUGUAA